AACUUCCAGUCCUCUGCACUUCGCUCCACACAGAGCAGCUGGGAACGCGGACCGGGACACGGACAGACAUGGAAGCUUCAAGAACAAGGACAUUGGAAGAUCUUGGGAUAGCAGCGAUGAGGAGGGGAAGCUAUGAUGAAGCUGAGGCUUUAGGACUGCGUCCUCAUCUACUGAGUUUGGCUCAGAGGAGGCGUUCUGCCCCGUCCCUGGCUUUUGAGAAGGCUCUUGGGAGCAUGCCAUGGUCUUCCAUCAGGGAGGAGGGUACGUGCCCAGUGUCGGCGGAGCAGUGCCCCUUUGUCCUGGGUCUCAGCGGUGAGGAUGCCGAGCUGGUCCUGGAUGCCUGUGUUCAGGUCACGGAGGCCUGGAAGACGAGAGAGAGACGUCUCUUUCUCUUCUGCGAUGUCAUCGUCGUUGCCAAGCUCAAGUCCAGUACUAGCUACCGUCUGAAGCACAGAGUGCGUCUCGAGGAUCUCUGGCUUUAUGGCUUUGAGGACGAGCCUGAGGAGGAGGAGGGCGGAGGAGGUGAGAUCGACCUCAAGACCUCCCUGGUCUUGGCCUGGCCCCUUGGCUUCUGCCUGGUCUCCUUCUGCUCGCCUGAGGUCAAAGAACGCUGGUUGGAUACUCUUUACAGGAAAACAAAGGCAGCUCAACAGAGAACCGGCUCUACACCCCCGAGCGUCCUGAUGAAGGUGCUGAGUGGCAGUAUCACAGUUAAAACUCUGUCAGGAGGUGGCAUGGAGCCUUCUAUCGAGUUUACCCUUGAUGGCAACGCAAAGAUCCCCGCCCUUCCCAGGCAGUGCGUUACAGAAGAGCGGGUGGCGCAGUCAAUUGAAAACGCUGUCAACAGUAAAUGGAACGUCUUGAGGAAGUGGAGGAAGAGCCACUCCCCCCAUACCAGCUUGUCCUCCUGUGCUGAUACAGACAGCCAGCUGUUCGGACAGCCCCUCUCCAAGAUCUGCCCAGUGGAUGGGACCCUACCCAAGCCCAUCAAAGAGAUUCUUGUGCUGCUGCGGAAGAAGGGGCCCUCCACCGAGGGGGUGUUCAGGAAGACUGGCAACAGUAAGAACCUGAAGGUCAUCCGGGAGCAGCUCAGCAGCGGGACGGACGUGGACAUGGACGCGCUGCCUGUCGUCCUCCUGGUGGGACUGCUCAAGAGUUUUCUGAAGGAGCUCCCAGGCAGCCUACUGGUGUCAGACCUGUAUGAGACCUGGAUGGAAGCCCUGGAGACUAAAGACGUCCACCAGCUCAAAAGGGUGGUCGAGAAACUACCCGGACCCAACACCCUUCUGCUGCGGAACAUUCUGUGUGUGCUCCACCACAUCAUUGAGAGCCAAGACACAAACAAGAUGGACACCAAGAACUUAGCUGUGUGCAUCGCACCCACUCUGCUGCAGAAGGACAGCGAGGUCUUAGAUGUGCAUACUGUAGAAAAGGUGACUGAACUGACAGAGUUCCUGAUAGAGCAUUGCUGCGCGAUCUUUGGAGAGGACAUCCUGAGCCUUUUGGGAGUUCCUGAUGAGGACAACUUAGAUACUGUGUCGUCGCAGCAACAUGACUCUGCCUAUGACAGCACCGACCCAGACGCCGAGGGGGACAGCAUGGGGUCUACUCAGGGAGAGGCGGAGGAAGAGGGAGAGAAGGGCGGCUCCUUCCCAUCGCUCCUCUCCGUCCCAGCGCACCUCCCCGGCACCUUCCACACCAACAAGCACUUCUCCCGCCGCCAAUCAGAGCCAAUCAUUUUCAACUCUGCCGAGAAACUCAGCCUGAUUGGCCAGGCCCGUAGCCAUGAUGACUUUUCAGGUGAGGGUCGGGACUUUGAGGAGCAGUCUCUGAAGAAGCAGAUUUCUGACGACUCCUUCCUGCUCUCUGGGCGCAGGGGUGCCGGCAACAGACCCACUGUCACACUCUCCCUCCCCAAACUUGGUGACCCGUCAUGCCUGUCCUCCUGCUCCCUGGACAGCGCCGCCUCCAACGCCUCCGAGGGCUCUGUGUUCACCAGCUCGCCCCUGGGCUCCCCGUCCUGUCUGCGCAGGGCCCAGUCCACACGCCACGCCCCCCUGUCCGUCAGGUCCCGGGCGGAGCCCCCGGUGGCGGGCACGGCUGAGGCGGUCAAGCGAUGCGCCCAGUCCAUGAGGGUGGUGAGGACCAAGAGCCUGGGAGCCGCCAAUCCGCUCCGGGGCUCGAAGAAGUGCGACGUGCAGAAGGACAAGUCUUUCCCCUGCGGAACCCUCCAGGAGGACUUCCAGAGUGAGGCGGCGGCACCGGCGUGGCCUCUUAGGCAGAGGCGCCCCCUGUCUGCCGUGGACGUCUUCAAACAGGUGGACUGCUGGCAGCCCUCACGGCCCCCGUCCUACGAGCAGGCGCUCCAGAAUGCGGCUCAGCCCGCCCCGCCCCACUACGGCUCCAUGACGGUCAGCGCUGCGACUGCCACGCUCAGCCGCAAGUCCCGUCCGGCGUCGAUGAACGCCAACUUCCAAUACCCCUGUACCGUCGGCCAGUACAAAGACUGCCUCCCCCUGGCGACGGACAUUGGCAAUGUAAUCUCGGGCCAACAACAUUCCGUCCAGUUCCGCCAGCGGACGAUGUCUGAAAGUCGGCCGAAGGCACACCACGAGAACGUGUCACGGAGGUGCAGCCAGUCUGUGUUCGAGGAGUAUUCUUAUGCCAAGGAGUCAUAUGUUUAAUGGCCCAUUUUUCAGACUUUGACAGAAUUUUUUCACUUUGAAUGUACAGAAAUUAUAAUGUGCAACUGUUAGGUUGGACUUGCUGAGUAGUACUGUUUAGAGUACAUAGAAACAUUAAAGUUCACUUGAAAAGCUAUUUUUAGAGAUGGACUCCCCUCUAGUCUAUCAACUUCAAAGCUAUGUAAAUAAUCACCCUGAAUCAGCAGUUUGAGGGAAAUGCUAUUUUUCUUGUCACCUACGGUAUGUUUAUACAUAUAUUAAUAUGUACUGUAAAUGUUGUACAUUUUUGUAGAAAUAUUUUCUUUUUCUUCUGUGUGUUGUUUUGUAUCUUGACUACAACUUCUUUAUUUCCACUACAAUAAAGCACCUUCAUGUUA